UCUGAAGCAUGCCCAUAGUUGGACAUGAGGUCAAGAGCACGCCAGAGGGACCAGACGUGGUGUUUACCAUAUUGACCCCAGAAUAUGACCUGACGGAGCAAAUGUCAGCCAAGCGAGCACUACAACUCGAUCCGAACAUGGUCUUUGUCUAUCGAGAAGUCCAUUCCAACGACAGACCCAAGCAAAUGAUAGAAACUGACUACGGCGUGAUAUCAUCUGAUACCGAACGGAUGAUUACGAAUUACCUCGACGAGGGACACACCCAAGCUACCUUGGAAAUGAUCAAUUCUUCCGUUGCGUCUGGGCGACGUCCAACAAUAGCCAUCAUUAAUAUGUUGAUCAAUAUAAUCAUCGAUGAUAACACCAUCAACCUUACUAUAUCCAAACGAACGUCGUUGUGCCGGCAGAGUGUGAAAGUCUUAUUCUUAAUCUUGGAAUGUCACGGCCCUCGUCUGUUUGACCCUCUGUGGAACAGCUUCAGAGUAUCGAAAUCAACGCAGCGGAGCCGCAACAAAUUAAGCAACGAUGAGGAUGACAUGCAAGAUGAAUGCACUUUGCAGCAAUACGAAGACUUUUUCGACUUUGUCAAGAGCGUGUUCCAGCAGCGUGAUACAUCUGAGGGGCAAGACAAGCAGAAACAGCACGGUUUAUUGCUCGAUUUUUUAAUCAAGGUGUUGGAAGCGGAUAUUCAAAGCCGAAGAGAAUCGCAUGAGGAAAUGAAGAAAGCCACCAUUAUUAGACUACUAAAGGCCAAUGCAUUCAAAUCCAACUUGGUUCGCGAACUGGAUUCGAUCUUCAGCUGUUAUGACACCACACUCCCUUAUGAUUAUAUCCCCCCUACCACGCUUGAAUACCUGCGCACAGAUGUAUAUACACUAUCUACUCGAAUAUUGAAUAUGUUGGUUAUAUGCGCCUACACAGACGGCGUACUGGACACCACGAGCUUUGAGGAAGAGACGUAUCGACAAUUUUCUCGAUUGCAUGGUCGGCAAUGUUCAUUUUUUCUAGAGAACAUUUCCAACCCGGCGUUUGUAUCAACUCUGUGUGGACUCGCGUUUAGUGAUUCUGAUCUCUCCAUGGUCCCUGAUGAAGCUCUCAGUUUGAAACACAAUCGCAGCCAGGUGGUCAAGAAGAUCUUCGACUUUGACAUGAUGACACGACCCAUAUCUGUCAACACGAUCCAAGAUAUCUGGCGACACGUGAUGAUUAUGUCGAAACGGAUUUCAUGUUACUUGGAAUGCAAAACGUUGCGGUUUGGAACCGUGGUGAUAUCUGGACUAACAGAGGAUGAAAUGUGCCUUAUCUGGGAGACCGGUUCCCUUGCCAUGACCCAUUGGCGAGACCAUAUCUCGGCGUUGUUGAUGCUCCCACAGAUUGCAAAGCAUAAAGCAUUGAGCUCUGAGCAAGCUGAGCGAUACAGGGACUACCAAUCGAUGAUUGAAUUGACUAUAAACAUGACGCAACUGUGUCUAGACGUUGUCUAAACCUUGCCAUCAACAAGGUGGCUUCCAUCCCCAUAUCACGUGGC